AUGUUGCGACAUACUUUAUUGAGAGAACUACAUCAAAAAUGCAUACAAAAACAUUGGGAUGAAGAGCAGGAAGUGAAAAAGGAAUUGCCAGUCGUGCCAAAAUGUUGCGCGAGCGGGCAAAACUUGAGCGUCACAAUCGAAAAUGGAAAAACAAAAACAGUCUGCGCCCGGUCGAGCCUCACUUUCCAGCCAAUAUUCCACAAAGCUAAUGAAACGCACAUAUGGAGUUACGAUAGCAAUGUGUUUGAAACUAUAGUCGGGAACCCUUGUGCUUAUGAUAGGUACAAACUAGAGCCGGACAAAAUGAGCGAAGAUGAGUUUUAUCUUUUAUUCAAUGGCUCUCUAUUCAUGCCGUUCAGUAAGCCUCCGUUGUUGGGCACAAGGAAUUUUUGUAUGGAGACGUUUUGGAACGAAUCCAAUCCGGCUGGAGUGACGCUUCCACUGGUGUGCUUCUCCGCCCCUAUUGAGGAAGCUGGCACGUCACCCACGCUUAUCGCUUACGCAAUCGGGUUGAUAAUAUCAGUACCGUUUCUUCUGGCAACAGCGGUAGUGUAUAUCUUCAUAACAGAGCUUAGAGACACACAUGGAAAGGCCCUAGCUUGCCAUUCUACGUGUUUAGCAAUAGCAUUUUCGUGUUUAGCGGCAACGCAGCUGGCCGGACAUGCUUUUCCCAACACCGCUUGCUCUAUAAUGGCCUACCUCAUCCAGUUUUCAUUUGUUUCCUGUUUUUUCUGGUUGAAUGUUAUGUGCUUCGACACUUAUUUAAAUGUUAGAAGAUACAUAAACGCAUCAGUAAGUAGAAGGAGUAUGAGACGAAGAUUUGCAUGGUAUUGCGCAUACGCAAUUUUACUACCAAUUCUAUUACUCAUUAUAACAAUAACAAUGGACCUAUCACCGGCCGUACCUAGUACAUACUUAAAACCUAACUUCGGCGUUAAAGGCUGUUGGUUCAAAACGGACCAGGCCGCGUUGCCGUAUUUCUAUGGCCCAGUGGCUGUAAUCCUACUUAGUAAUUUAAUUAUAUUUCUCUUCACUUCCCGAGCUUUCGUGCGGCAUUAUGACAAGCUUAAGGACGUUUCACCCUUAGACCUAACGCACUCAGAGUUCAGUACAUCUGAUGAUUGGGUGCGACUCAACACGGUGCUAGGUCAGCCUGUGGCCGUCACUGAAACUUCACCAACCAGAGAGCCGCGAGUCAACUUCAAUCAGAGGUUAAAGAAAUAUAAGAAAUUAUUUCGCAAGUGCUGCCUGCUAUCCGCCAUCAUGGGUAUAUCCUGGGUGCUGGAGGUGGUAUCUUGGGCAGCGGGUGCUGGUACAUCCGCAGUGUCAGUAUGGUCGGUGUUCGACCUUAUCAAUGCAUUGCAGGGUGUCGUAAUAUUCGCCAUCUUUGUAUUGCAACAACCCGUCCGAUCGUAUGUUAAGCUGUCAAAACUCUACAGCGCGUGUAGAAGAAGAAAAGACGAAUCAGAAAUAUCCGUAGUGAGUGACAGAAACAGUAUGAGUGGUACGGGCCGAAGAGAUUUUGUGUAG